UCCGUGAUGAUCACUAGAAGAUCAUCUAAGCGGCGCUACCAUGCUGCAUCAAUUCAUGCCCCAGCUGCCAGGGGUCGGUAAGUUGUGAACAUCUGUCCUCGUGGCACUAUCACUGGUGGCGAGGGCGGGGGGCCCUGAUGCUGCGGCCUGAGGGAGGAGCACCUAGUCGCUCGAAACCCUGGCAUAGAUUCGAUAACGCGUCGAUGGUCGCGGGAGUCGCAGGAGAACGCUCGGAUUGUCGGUAUGCUUAGCAAGAUAUUAUAUACAUAUGUAUAUAUUCGAGAGGAAUCCUUCCCCUUAAACACGCGCAUGAGGUCCUACCCCCAGUUCUGUUCUCAAGUGACUCGGAGCAGAGCUCUUUUCUCCUUCUCUCCACACCGCAUUCCGAGACCUCGCCGGCACCAUGCCUUGGGGACUCCUAGAGGAUAAGCAUCUGGACUUAGUUCCUGGCACGAUUGUGCUUGCCGACCAGUCCGAUAUUCCCCCAGAGUAUCAAACCAUUCCCAGAGAGUUGCUGAAGCAUGGCACUGGGAAGAACGCCCACGUCAUCUUGUCUCCCCAGCCUUCCGACUCUCCCAACGACCCCCUCAACUGGCCGACAUGGCGCAAGGACCUCAUUUUGGUGAUUGUGGGCCUGUCUGCCGGCGUGGUCGGCGCGUACGGGCCCAUGCUUUCCCCCGGAUUCGUCGAGAUCGCGGCCGCCCUCGGCAUAACGGUCAAUACGCUCUCGCAAGCCACGGCCUGGGUCAUCCUAAUGAUCGGUCUCUCGCUAUUCGUCUUUAACCCGCUCGCUAAGAAGAUCGGGCGGCGCCCCGUCUACGUGAUUUCGAGCAUCAUCAUGCUGAGCGGAAGCAUAUGGGGUGCCCUCGCCAAGGAUUACAAUAGCUUCUUGGGAAGUCGAAUCUGGAGCGGCAUAGGUAUGGCGCCGUACGAGGUUCUCGUGCAGUGCACCAUUGCGGAUAUAUACUACGUUCACCAGCGCGCCACCAGAAUCGCCAUCUGGAACAUGUUCUUGUUGUGCGGCAUCAGCGGUGGCGCUCUGAUCGCGGGUUAUAUCAUCGAAGGCCAAGGCUGGCAAUGGACCUUGAUCUGGUGUGCCAUUAUUUUCGGUAUCCUCCUGCCUCUGGUCCUUCUCUUCGUCCCCGAAACAGCAUACCGGCGGCCGUUGUCCGUGGAGGUCCUCGCGCAAGCAGGCCGCGAUGUCAAGGCGGAUCCUUCGGAGAAGAAGGAUACGGCAUCUGAGCGCGAAGAGUCCUCACACGUGGAAACUGGGGCCGCGACCGAAGCUAAAGAGACCUUCUGGCAGAGUAUGAGGCUAUGGGGCGGCAUUUACACCGACACCCCUCUCUGGAAGAUCUUCCUCCGUCCCAUGGUCAUCUUUUUCUACCCGGCCGUUCUCUGGGCAUUCCUAUUGUACGGAAUCACGCUUACCUGGAUCGUCGUCUUCAGCGUGGUGAAUGCGGUCAUCUUCACGGCGCCUCCGUACAACUUCUCGGUGUCCGAGACGGGCCUGAUCUCACUAUCCCCGUUCAUCCUCACCUUCGUCGGCGAGGUUAUUUCUGGUCCGUUGAACGACUGGGUCUGUAUAUACCUGGCCAAGAAGAACCGCGGCAUUUACGAGCCCGAGUUCCGACUGCCGCCUAUAAUCAUCUCUUUCCUCGUCGGCGUCGUGGGCUUCUUCGGAUUCGGUGCCACCAUCCAUUACCAGACGCACUGGACCGGACCGGUCUUGUGCUUCGGCUUGGCGAAUAUGAGCCUGGCGUUGUCCAACGCGAGCGUGUUCGGUUAUGUCAUUGACUCGCACAAGGAGCUCAGCGAAGAAGCUUUCGUGGCUAUCAACGCCCGUAACCUGGUCACGUUUGGCUUGACCUACUUCGUCAACGACUGGCUAGCCAAGGAUGGCGUCCUCGCCGUCUUCAACGUGCUCGGAAUCACCUUCAUCAUCGUCAACUUGCUGACGAUCCCGCUGUGGGUGUACGGCAAGCGGAUCCGGAGCUACAUCUCCAGGAAUAAGACGCUGGACAAAUUCAUGCACGAGGAUUAGAAGAUGGGAUCAGGACAUAGAACAUAGGUCUCGAAUCGGACUUUGGUUAGAAUACGGACGGUUAUGGUGGCAAGGUCCAUUUUGG